AACGGUCAAUGAAAACAGUUCAGUGACACUGAGCUGUCCGGUGACUGGAAAACCGGAACCAACAGUUGAGUGGUUCAAAGAUGGUGAACUAUUAGCACCACAUAAUAUCACAUCCAAAAUUCGAACUGGCCAGCUGGAAGGCAAUGAUCUCAAAAUUUCACGCGUUCAGGUGGGAAAUUCUGGACGUUUUACUUGCGAAGCAAAAAAUAAAGCCGGAAUGACGGAGCAAGAUAUUCUACUGUAUGUCAUGACUCCACCGAAAAUAGAACGUGAAGGAGUACCAUCGGAAAUUGGUGCUAAAGCGCGAACGGCACUUACAAUCAACUGUCCCGCAUAUGGUCGGCCGAUGCCUACCGUAACAUGGUUGAAAGCUGGUCGUCCAUUCGACUAUACUCCGAACGUAUAUCUUUCAGCCAACGGCAUGAAACUUCAUUUUCUGGAUCUAAAGCAGGUUAGUGGUAUUUAUUUUCACAUUUUAAAUUAUUUUUUACCGGUAAUAAAUCUAAGGAGUGUUUAUUCGAGUGCACAUAGAUUCUAG